AUGUGGAUACUGGCUCUCUCCUUGUUCCAGAGCUUCGCUAAUGUUUUCAGUGAGGACCUUCACUCCAGCCUCUACUUUGUCAAUGCAUCUCUGCAAGAGGUAGUGUUUGCGAGCACCACGGGGACCCUGGUGCCCUGCCCCGCUGCAGGCGUCCCUCCUGUGUCUCUCAGAUGGUACCUAGCGACGGGCGAGGAGAUCUACGAUGUCCCCGGGAUCCGCCACGUCCACCCCAACGGCACUCUCCAAAUUUUUCCCUUCCCUCCUUCAAGCUUUAGUACCUUAAUCCAUGAUAAUACUUAUUAUUGCACAGCUGAAAAUCCUUCAGGGAAAAUUAGAAGUCAGGAUGUCCACAUCAAGGCUGUUUUACGGGAGCCCUAUACAGUCCGUGUGGAGGACCAGAAAACCAUGAGAGGCAAUGUUGCGGUCUUCAAGUGCAUUAUCCCCUCCUCGGUGGAGGCGUACGUCACCGUCGUCUCCUGGGAGAAAGACACCGUGUCACUCAUCUCAGCUUAUUGA